CAUUGCAAAAUACCACUAGCCGCAGAGUCUCAGGAGAUCGUUGACUUCGUGUCGAUUUUUAUCCCGGUUACCAGAACGCACGAAUUCCCUAUGGAAACUCCGAUCACUCAUGUUCAGUCUACUUUGUCUAAAUCCCCCGGGCACCGCUUCCUUUCACCAGACGACUCUAUGCCCGGGCGGGUUUUCUUGUCUUUCCUUUGUUAUGCUCUUUUCGCGAAGACAUAUUCAUUUAUUCCGGUCAAGUGGACAUUACGCUGGCAUGCCUCAGCACCUUUUCUUUCUUUUCAAUAUUUUUUUUCUAGCACCGCUGUAGCGGAACGAUGCUCAUUACUAGCGGAUAAAGCAGAUACAGAAUUCAUCCUGUGCACUUGCUUGCAAACUAGGGAAAGAGACUGGUAA